AUGGCAGACAAGCUUUUUGUCUCGGAUGACAAGGGAAACUCAAGCAUUCCUGUUGUCUCAGAGACCAAAGAGGACAAUGGGAUCCAUGUCGCCCGUCGUGGUGAAGAGAUUGCAGAGGACUCUUCCCUUGAGAAUGAGAUCGUCGGUUUCGAUGCUGCGCGGAUGAAGGCUCGCACUCUACUGACUGCGGCCGAGGAGAAGAAGCUGAUGCGGAGGGUGGAUUGGCAUCUCAUGCCAUUGUGCAGUAUCAUGUUCUUACUCAAGAACAUGGACUAUCAGAAUGCGGCCAACGCUCGAAUCAUGAAUAAGGGAACCCCAGACAACAUUAUGACCCAACUGCAUAUGACCGCGGAUGAGUACAACUUUGUCUCGACCAUUUACUUUAUACCUUACAUCAUCUUUGAGGCUCCGAGCAACCUAUUCAUCAAGAAGAUGCUUCCUUCUCGAUGGCAGUCCCGCAUCUUGAUCUCCUGGGGUCUUGCAAUCGCAUGCCAUGCUGCAGUCAAGAACAAGGCUGGACUCUAUACAGCCCGUUGGUUCCUCGGCAUGUGCGAAGCAGGCAUGUUUCCCGGCGUGCUACUGCAAAUGGUGUACUGGUACCGGCCCGACGAGAUGUCGAUUCGUCUCCUCUACUUUUAUGCUCUUGGAAACUUCUCCAAUGUCCUCAGUGGCGUGUUGGCAUUCGGCUUCGACACAAUCUCAGGGAGCCAUGGCCUUUCUGGGUGGCAAUGGCUGUUCCUCGUCGAAGGGGUCAUUACAAUUGCGUUUGGUAUCUUGCUAUUUUUCGUCUUGCCAGACUUCCCGAAGCAGGCCAAAUGGCUGAGCGAGAAGGAAAAGGCAUUCAUCCAAGCCCGCUUGCCCGCCAAUGCCCCGCGAGCGGAAGAAUUGAAUUUCAGCUUCCGCGAAAUCGUCACAGCUUUGAAGGACAAGAGGAUGUGGCUGUUUACGCUCGUCUGGGCAACGAUGACUGUUGGCACGACAGGUCUGGGGUUCUAUCAACCGACGGUCAUUGCGAACUUGGGAUUCACGUCAAUUGCGAAAAGCCAACUCCUGAAUAUACCCACGUCCUUCCUCUCCAUAACGAUCAUCGCCGUUUCCGGAUACUUCGCAGACAGCGCUUGGUUGCCUCGCCCCACAAUCCCACUCGGCUUCCUCGUGUCCAUAUUAGCAUGUUACAGCGUGCUGUACACGUUUCCUAACAACGGUGGCGUCUACGCAGCGACUGUGUUGGCCAACUCAAUUGCACAAAGUUGGUACCCCAUGAUGUGGCCGUGGCGUGUUCAGACCACUUCUCGUGCAACGGGAUCUGCGUUCGCCAUCGGUUUUGUCAACAGCUACGGUCAGAUUGGUGGGGCAAUUGGACCACAGAUCUUCCAGUCCAAAUAUGCGCCACACUACACUGUGUCAUUUGCCGUGGCCAUGGGCAUCAUCGGCGCUUGUAUCCUGGUCACCUUGUUUACCUGGUGGGUUACGCGGGAAACGGAACGCCAGACGAGGAGGAUCAAGAAAUUGCGCGUGAAGGCUGCGAAGAGAGGAGAAUCGGUGCUGGAUGAUGUCGACGCGAACGCAGAUAUAAAGAGAAAGGAAGAGGUGGGCAUCUCAGCUUAG